AUGAUCCCCGCAUUAGCCCGGGGGGAGAGGCUCACUACGACGUACCACGGAAGUCUGCUCUCCAACUCAGUACACUCCGUCAUGGAGGGAGAAACCAAUUGCGACGCUAUGGGGGCACGGGCAAGCUAUGGUCUUGGGGACGGGCGUAAGAGUAGACCUCAAGAUGGGACCAAAGGUGCCCAGUCAUAA